CAGCGUUCUGCGGAGCUGCUCUCUCUGCCUCCCUCCCGCUCUGCUGCUGCCUGAAACACCUUGUUUCUCUGCUUGAAGCUGCCACCAGCCAUGGCUGCUCUGCCGUGGAAAAUGGAAAAUGAAAAGCACUUUUAAAGCAUUCUGACCUUAGGAUCGUAGUUUUUAGGCUCUCUAUUUGGUCUAGAACUUUCUGGAUGGUGAUAAUCAGUAAAAAAACCAACUGGUUGGCGAAGAAGGCCACGUAACCCGCUCGUUUACGGAAAGCUUAUACUUUCCCGUUGCUGACUUUAGAGUUCCUAUUUUGGUGUCAUAGGGCUUGGAGAACGCUAAGGCUCGUUAGGUUAGGGAAUCCGGCUGCUUAGGCGCCGGGAAAAUGCAGGCGCAGACCGCUGCUCCGCUGCAGCGGUCGGCGGGAAACCCGGCGACGCAAUGGCGGAAACCGGACCAGGACACGCAGCUGCGACACAGCGUCUUCGCGAGGACGAUGCAACUGUUUCAGACGAGGAACCCGCAAGCGACGUCGCAGUACAACCGCGAGAAGCUGACGGAUUUCGUACGCAAGCUGGAGGAGGUGCUCUACCGAACGGCGAAUUCCAGGGAGGAGUAUGGCGAGUUCAGCACUCUGGAACGAAGACUGCAGCUUGCAGCUAGGCUCCUAUCGACCAGAACGCAGCAACAGCAACAACAACCGCAACAACAACUUCAGCAGCAGCAGCAGCAGCAACCACAACAACAACAAUUUCAGCAGCAGCAGCAGCAGCAGCAGCAGCAACAACAUCAACAGCAGCAACAAGUGCAGCAGUCACAGCAGCAGCCAGGACAACGGCUUCCACAGCACCAGAUGCAGCAGCAGAUGGCAAGCGGAAGUGGACAGCCCGGGUUCGCGUCGCAGCAACAAUCACAGCCUGUUUCCACGUUACAGCCGCAGCAGCAGCAGCAGCAGCACCAUCUUCAGCAAGAGCAUCAGCAGCUUCAGCAACGUCCGCAGCAUCAGCAGCAGCAGCAGCCGCAACAACAACAACACCAGCAGCAACAACUACAGCAGCAAGCCAUGCAGCAACAGCAGCAACAACAUCAACAACAACAGCAACAAUCCAUGCAGAGUCGGCCACUACCGCAGCAACUGCAACAGCCGCCUCAGCAGCAGCAGCAGCAGCAGCAGCAGCAGCCAAUGCAGGAAGCAGCACAGUUCCAGCGACGGCUACCCAACCAGCCACAACCAACACCGCAUCCUCCCUCCAUGCCAAGCAAUCGCCUGACCCCUAACCUUCCCUCUGCAUCUGCGCCAACCCUAGCGGAUGCAUCAGUGCCGUCAAUGGUUCCAACUCCGGGCCUACAAUCUUCCGAAGCUUCUAGAUCCCAAACCUGGGGUGUUGGCUCGGAUAGCAUGCCCACAGCUGGCUUGGCUGGUACGGGUGCUAGUGCUGCUCCUGCUGAUGGUGCUGCUAGUGUCGUGGCUGCUGUAUCGGGAACUCCCAUGGUCGCUAUGCAAGGAGCAUCGAGGGGGGGAAGAGAGGCAGCAGGAGCGCCUUUAGGUGCGUCGGGGGUAGGAGGACAGGGAGGCGUGGGUGUAGGCAGAGGGGUGGGUCAACAUGCUGGAGUGGCUGUUCCAGGUGGGAGUAAUCAGGGCGGCACAUUGCAGCGGCAGCAGGCGCAGCAGAUGCAGCUUCAGCAGCAGCAGCAGCCGCUUCUGCAGGACGGCCAACAGGGUCAGCAGCAGCAGCAAUGGCAGCAGCACGGGGGGCAGCACGGGCAACAGCAGGGGCAGAGGCAGCAGCUGCAGCAGGGGCAGCAGCGGAAGCAACAACUUUAUCAGGGAUCGUCUCAGCAGCAACAACAGCAGCAGCAGCAGCAGCAGCAGCCACACCACAUGUACCAGCAACAGCAGCAACUACCAGGCGAUUCUCAAGGAGCGGCAGGGUACUCGCCACCAGGCCCUUCAGGCCCUGCUGUGGCAGCAGGAGGGAAAGGAGGGCCCGGAGGGGUCGGAGGGGUAGGAAGGGGAGGAGGGGCUGCAGUGCAAGCAGGCCAGAUACCCACUCCUGGCGGCGCGCCUCUCAUGAUUCCCACCCCUGGCGGUGCUCCUAUGCUGGAUGCUGGGGGGUUGCUUGAACCUGGUGCUCCCAAGGACGACUCUAGUGUGCCCGGGGCUGGCUUGGACGGUACCGGUGUAGGCGUUGCAGGCAUGGGCGGUGCUGGUGUGGGCGGGGCAAGUGGGAUGGCGGCGCAGCAGCGGUCACGCCAGCAGCAGCAGCAGCAGCCAGGGCAGCAUGUACCAGCCCAGGGCAUGCGAGCACCGCAGCAACAGCCGAUCAAGGGGAACGCGGGUUUCCAAGGGCAAGAGAACCUGCAACGGAUGCAGGGGGGAAGACCUGGUGCCUCGCCUGUGAACGCACAGCAGUUGCAGCUGCAGCAGCAACAGUCCUCUGUCUCCACACCCGGUCCGGGAGCUAUAACAACAUUGCAGAAUGGCGAGCAGGCUAGUAGCGAAUCCACUGCAAAAGCCCGAGCAGGGGCAGCAGCAGGAGCAGCAGCAGGAGCAGGAGCAGGAGUGGGAGGGGAAGCAGGGGCAGGAGUGGGAGCGGGAGCAGCGGGUGAUCUGUCAACAGGAGGCGGCGCCAUAGACCCUCAACGGGCGAUGCAGUACCAGCGGCAGCAGAAGUGGCUGCACACACUGCGCCAUGCGUCUCGCUGCACCGCUGCCAACGGCUCCUGCAACGUGGGCGCGCACUGCCGGGUCUUCCGGGAGCUCUGGGCGCACUGCUCCCGCUGCAAAGACCCUGAGUGCGCGUACCCCCGCUGCGUGCCUUCCAGGAAGCUGCUCCACCACCACCAGGUUUGCAGAGACCCCAAGUGCCCUGUGUGUGGGCCUGUGAGGCGUGCUUUUCAGCAGCAGAUGCUGGCGGCUAGAGCAAACGCAGCAGCUGCUGCUGCUGCGGCAGCUGCGGCGGCGGCGGCAGCUGCGGCUGCAGCGGCUGCUCCUGUUGAGGCUGCUGUGGCUGGUGCUGGUGCUGGUGCUGGGAGUGAGCGGCACGAUGGGGGAGAGGCAGAAGCAGGCGCUGCUGCUGGUCAAGUGACUGUGCCUGUGGCAGAUGGAGCAGCUGGUGCAGCUGGGGCGAACGGGGAUGCCUUUAAUGCUGCAGCUGCUGCAGACGGUCAGGCAGUCCGCUCCUCUGCUGUGCCAGUUGUCAGUGGGGCCGCUGCAUCCGCACCUGUGGAUUCUGGGAAGGUAUCUGCGAAUGGUGCUUCUGCUCCCGUUCUUACUCCCGCUGCUGCCUCGUUGUCAGGAGUGCCUCCUGCCCCUGGUACUGGGGCUGCGGGUCCCAUAGAGAGAACAGCCCCAGCUGCAGCAGCAGCCAAUGCUGCUAGAGCCGCCAGUCUUGCAGCAGCAGGAGCAGCAGUGGCUUCAGCUUCUGCUGCUGGUGGUGGUGGUGCGAGCCCGGCCAUUACAGGGCAGAAGAGGGCAAACGAGGCAGCUAGGCGCAGCGAAGGGGGAGCAGUGGAGCCAGGGAAGGAGAAGGAGAAGGGGGCAGGUGCACAGCCCUUGAAACGGGCCAAGAUGGAGGGCGGGGCUGGAGGACCUAAGAGCACAGGCGCUGGGCCAAAGCGCACGUCAGGAGUCAAGGCAGAGGCUGGCGCUGCUGCGGCAGCAGGAGGGGCGGGUGGUGGUGGUGGUGGUGGUGGUGGAGACAAGGAGAGGCCAGAGAGACCUGUCGGUGCGAAGCCAGGCAAGGCCGCUGGGAGUAAGAUGCAGGGAAGUGCCAACGGGGCGCUCACAGGGAGAGCAGGCACACAAGCCAAGGGCGCCGCCGCUGCUGCUGCUGCUGCUGCUGCUGGUGUGAAGGCAGAAGCGGGUGUGGGGUCAGGAGCAGCAGCAGCAGGGGGAGGGCAGGUGAAGACGGAGGGUAGGACUGGGGCAGGUGCAGCUGGAGCAGGUGGUGCUGGUGGAGGUGCGGCCAGUGUAAAGGCAGAGCCUAGGACAGAGGAGAGCAAGGCGCUGGUGCCUGCAGGGGGGCCUGGAGCAGCUGCCACCACAGCAGCAGCAGCAGCAGCAGCAGGUUUGAGCAGCAAGCAGAUGAAGAACAAGGGCAUAGGCACGUCGCUAACGGAGCUGUUCACCCCGGAGAUGAUCCGCCUGCACGUGGACAGCCUGAGGCAGUGGGUGGGGCAGAGCAAGCAGAAGCAGGAGAAGCUGCAGGCAGUGCAGCAGCUGCAGCAGCAGCAGCAGCGCGACAGCGACUGCCGGCUGUGCUCCGUGGAGAAGCUCUUCUUCGACCCGCCGCCCAUCUACUGCACUGCCUGUGGGCGCAGGAUCCAGAGGAACAAGGCGUAUUACUCCACGCCGGGCGGCGGCGAGCAGAGGCAGUGCGUGUGCAACCGGUGCUAUGGGGACUUCAGGGGGGAUGCGAUUACUCUGGAGGGGCUGAGACCCAUUCCCAAGGCUAGCUUGACCAAGAGGAUCAACGACGAGGAGACAGAGGAAGCGUGGGUGCAGUGCGACGGGUGCCAGCGGUGGGUGCACCAAGUCUGUGCGCUGUUCAACGGGCGGCGCAACGAGGGCGAGGCGGAGUACACGUGUCCGCUGUGCUGCUGCGAGCAGAUGGAGUGCGGGGAGCGGGUGCCCCUGCCGCCGUCCACUGUGCUGGGCGCCAGGGACCUGCCACGCACACACCUGUCGGACCACCUAGAGGGGAGGCUGGCGAGGAGGCUGGCACAGGAGAGGGAGGAGAGAGCCAGGCAGCAGAGAAGGAGACCGGAGGAGAUCGAGGGGCCGGAGGAGCUGGUGAUACGGGUGGUGUCAUCAGUAGACAAGAAGAUGGAGACAAAGCCGCGCUUCCUCAACAUGUUCCCCGAGGGGGAGUACCCCAAGGAAUUUCCCUACAAGUCCAAGGUGGUGCUGCUGUUCCAGCGCAUUGAGGGCGUGGAGGUGUGUCUCUACGCCAUGUAUGUGCAGGAGUUUGGUGCCGACUGCCUGCCGCCCAACCACCGCCGCAUCUACCUCUCCUACCUCGACUCAAUCAAGUACUUCCGCCCCGACGUGCGCACCGUCAGUGGGGAGGCGCUGCGGACGUUUGUUUACCACGAGAUUCUGAUCGGGUACCUGGAGUACUCGAAGCUGCGUGGGUUCACGAGCUGCUACAUCUGGGCGUGCCCGCCUCUCAAGGGCGAGGACUACAUCCUCUACUGCCACCCCGAGAUCCAGAAGACGCCCCAGCCGGUCAAGCUGCGCGAAUGGUACCUCACCAUGCUGCGCAAGGCGACCGCGGAGAAAAUCGUAGUCGAAGUGAGCAACCUCUACGACACCUUCUUCGUGCAAAUCGGGGAGAGCCGCGCCCUCCCCUCCGCCGCCCGUCUGCCCUACUUCGACGGGGACUACUGGCCCGGCGCCAUGGAGGACGAGCUGCAGAAGCUGCUGGAGGAGCGGGAGGAGGAGAAGGCAGGCGGCAAGGGGCCCAAGAAGGCAAAGAAGAGCAAAGCGACGAGCAAGCGAGGGGGGGGAGGGGGGAGGGAUGAAGACCUGGGCACGCCGGCUUCGCUGGACAAGCAGCUCAUGAGCAAGCUUGGCAGCACCAUCCUCCAGAUGAAGGAGGAUUUCAUAAUGGUGCACAUGCACUACUGCUGCUCGCACUGCAAGAACUUCAUCAUCACGGGCAACCGAUGGGUGUGCCAGCAGCCGCAGUGCAAGCACUUCAACAUCUGCGACCCCUGUUUCAAGCUGGAGGAGCGGCGCAGCCCCAUGGACCGCCACCCUGUGCUGCUUAAAGAGGCGCACGACCUCACGCCCUUGCCCAUCGACCCGCCUGUCCCUGCGGAAACCAAGGAUCCUGACGAAGUUGUAGAGUCGGAGUUCUUUGACACGCGGCAGGCGUUCCUCUCUCUCUGCCAGGGCAACCACUACCAGUACGACACGCUGCGGCGCGCCAAGCACUCGUCGCUCAUGGUGCUGUACCACCUGCACAACCCCACGGCGCCCGCCUUCGUUGUCACCUGCAACUCGUGCCAGCGGGACAUUGAGAACCGUCAAGGGUGGCGGUGCGAGUCGUGCCCAGAUUAUGAUGUGUGCGCGGCUUGCAAGGCCAACUGUGGGCAUCCCCACCCGCUGGUGUCGCAUGCGAGCCAGCCGGACAGGAACGCGCAGAGCCAAGAGGGCAGGCAGCAACGAAUCAAGGAGGUGCGCAAAAUGCUCGAGCUCUUGGCCCAUGCCGCCUCGUGCCGCCCACAGCCGGGCACCGUGUGCACGUACCCCAAAUGCAGCAUGGUCAAGAUGCUCUUCCGCCACGGCACCAUCUGCACCGUCCGUUCAGCUGGGGGCUGCCAGCACUGCAAGCGCAUGUGGGGGCUGCUGCACCUGCACGCACGUUCCUGCAAGGACAGCGCCUGCAGGGUGCCCCGCUGCAAGGACCUCAAGGAGCAUUUCCGGCGCUCCGCGCAGCAGAUGGAGUCGCGGCGGCGCAAGGCGGUGCAGGAGAUGAUGCGGCAGCGCGCUGCUGAGGCGGCAGGGGGGGCGCUCAAGAGAUGAAGCGGUGGAGAGUGGUUGUGACAACCUGACAGAGUGCGCUGCGGAACGAUUGCCGCAGCAGCAUGUGUGACAGCACUCAGUACGUGCCCCUUACGACUGGUUUGGGGCAGUUUCUGACAGAAGGCCGGUUGCUGUUGUGACGAAGUACAGGAUGGGAGAUACAGCACUGGCUUCAGUUGCUAUAGCCGUCCAUUCUUGUACAAUUAAGUGUAAAGAGGGGUGCCAGGGCUGCCGGGGGAAAUGUAGUUGAGUGGGGAUGGGAUCUGGUGGUGCGGUGCUUGGCUGGAAGAGUGGUCAAUAUCUCAUUUUUCUGCCUUUGCUGCUUUGAGGCAAGUGGUGGUUGGUGGCUCUGUGGUUCCUCCAACAGUUCGCUCACCUGCUGCUCAUCAAGAGCAAUGACUUUCUGCUUUACUAAAAUCCCAUCUGGGGGUGCUUAGUAGCCAGAGGAGCUGCUUGUGUAUGCUGUUAUGGCUUCCCAUUCUCCCUUGUAUGCGUUGCUUUGCUCUUGCCGAAAAAUCUAUGUCACACAGGACAGGAUGGACAUGUUGGCAAAGUUGAGAAGCAUUAGGGCGUGUCCCAAGUGUUUGUCUGAAUGCGCUUUGGUAGGGUAUUA